AUGACCGCGUAUGCAAGUUGUUCCGGGGGUGCCUGGCUCACCAUCUGCACUCUAGCCAAUGCCUUUUGUAACGACUUUUUUGCCUUUGUCACGAUGCGGGCUUUAGCUGGUCUUGGAGGGGCAUUAAUUAUGCCUAACGCAGUGGCUAUGAUAUCCAGUACCAAUCCCCCCGGUCGCGUGCGAAAAUUUGAGUCUGGGUUUCUUUGGUGCGUCGGUCCCAUUAGGAGGAUAUUUUGGGACAUUGUUCUUGGGUGCCUUUCUACAUCGGACAGAAUGGAAGUGGCUUUUCGUCUUCAUGUAGGUGAUACAUUCUGUGGACCCCGGAGCAGAAGUACUAAUAAUGCCUUGAUCACACAGUGCCUGUCUCGGUGUGAUCACAUUCACUCCUCUCUGGGCUUUGAGUCCGCGAGAACCUCCGGUCGAUCGUCAUGGAAAGAUCGACUGUAUUGGAUCGGCUCUUGGAACAAGCUCAUUGAUUCUGUUCAGCUUUGUUUGGAAUCCAGUACCAAGUGUCGGUUGGUCAACCUCCUAUGA